AGUUUAUUCAUAAAUUAUAAUAAAAUACACGUUUUUAUUUUUUCGCGCGAAGAAAAUGAUACGAUAACUCCAUUCAUAAAAUAAAACCGAAAGAAUUAAUGCAAACCCGCCAACGUUUUUUUCCGAGGACGAAGAUAGCUGUCCCGUGCGUGGGUGCGUUCUUAGGAUUCACUUGCGUGUAAAUCCUGAAUCCAGGAACCUUAUUGCGUAUGUAGGACAGUCAGCCGAGCUUUCAAAUAAAGACGAAUUGUUUCUCGCAAGCGAUCGUGAUUGGCCUCGGGGGAUGCGAAAAGAGAUGAAACACAAUGAGAUAGAAAAACAACGUCGACGUUCGUGCAACUACGCUAACUUCGACGCACCCCUAUAAAACCCCGAGGAUCACUGGCCCGACAUUAUAUUGCUGUGGAGCUUCGCGGAGCGACGUGUUCGAGAUGGUUGCCACCGGGAAUCCCAUCAGCCACAUAACUAUCAUCUACAUUGUAGUAAUGCUGUUCUGCUUGGGGUCUCGUGCUUCCGGUGAAUACGAAUCGAGGGAGAUCGGCUCGAACAGCGGAUCGAGUAACGACAGAUCGCCAAGCAACGAUUUCGGAUCGUGUAUCGAGGGUAAAUGUAUCAAGCGCACCACGCAGGACAUCACCAGCGGCAUGUGGUUUGGCCCGCGUUUAGGAAAACGACGCAGAUCGGACGAGAAACAGGAAGUGAGUCCAGAGAUCGAAGUCCUAGCGAACGCGUUGGAUGGUGUACGUUGGGCGGUUAUUACGAUUCCGGCUAGUGAUAAGAGACUACCGCCUCAAUUUACACCGCGUUUGGGACGAGGAUCAGGCGAGGAUCUAUUCUCCUACGGAGACGCGUACGAGGUCGACGAAGACGACCGUCCGCCUCGUUUAGGACGACGACUUCCCUGGAUACCGUCGCCGAGACUCGGUCGUCAAUUACGCAACGUAUUACGAAAACUGUAGGCCAAUCCAAAUUAAAAGAUCAUGAAAGGAUAAAGCAUGAUGUUGUAGACUUGCGCGAUUGUGAUGAUCUUGAUGAAACGACAACCACAAUUACGACACAGAUUAUAUGUAAGAUAUAGAAAAAUAAAGUAUAUUUGUAUUGCGAAA